AUGAAGUUCGCUGCUACCCUCGCUACCGUCUCGGCUCUCGCUCUCGGUGUGCUCGCCGAUACCAACUCCACUAUCACGGUUAACACGCCAACCGGCGCAACCGCUGCCAUUCAGUGCGAGGUUUACCAGGUCACCUGGACCGGCGGUACCGCACCCUACGAGAUCCGUCUUCUUGACGACUCGCAGACCUUUGUCGAGGAGAUUGCUUCCGACGUCACCUCGUCGCCGUACCAGUGGACCGUCAACGAGGCUUCGGGCGACACGUUCAUCAUCACCGUUGUCGACACUGACGGUAACACGGGUAUAACCGGAGAAUUCACCAUCUCGUCUUCCUCGUCUACGUCGUGCCUUUCCGGAAGCACAUCCGCCACUGCCGACUCUUCAUCUUCCUCGACCGCUUCAGGCUCUUCUGCGACCACUACCUCAAAUUCGUCUUCGAGCACCGCGUCCUCUUCUUCAUCUGCCGCAUCGUCGUCCUCGACCGCCAGCUCUGCUAUGACCGUCUCCGCCGGCGUUGCGGCGCCGUUUAUUGCUGCUCUCUUUGCACUCGCGGCGUAA